AUGUUGCCGUCUUUGACUCAACCCUCCCUAUUAGGGGUACUCCUGCUGCUGUCGGUGUCAAACCUACUCCAGUGGGAGAAUGUGACUUGUGCUCCCAUACAUGAAAAUAAGACUGAACAGGGUGACGUGUCCCUCAAGGACCUGUUUGAUCAUGCCAUCACACUGUCCCAGACCACCAGUGCCCUCACUACAGAAAUGCGCAAGUUAUUUUUCUCUGAUGGCUUCUCUGCAAACAUGUUCAAGAAAUUUGUAUUGGAUUUCUUCAAGGAUAAAAUGUACAUGAUCAAGAUUCUCAACAGCUGCCACACGUUUUCUCUUAACACUCCAGAAACUGUGGAGGAAGCCAGAGAUAUCUCAUUUGAAGACUUCCUGAAAAUGAUACUCAGCAUAGUGCAUUCCUGGAAUAAUCCACUGCAUCACCUAGUGACUGAACUUGGUGGUAUGAAAGGUGCCCCUGAUGCGAUUUUGUCAAGAGCCAAAGGCGUUGAGACCAUAAACAGUGAGCUUCUAGAGAACAUCAUGACGAUACUGAGCAAGAUUCAUCCUGGACUGAAAGAAAAUGAGACAUACCCUGUCUGGACCGAUCUGGCAUCCUUGCAGGCAGCUGAUGAAGAAUGUCACUUUUUUGCUCUUUAUAAAUUGUUCUACUGCCUUCGUGUUGACACAUAUACAAUUGACCUUUAUCUCAAGUACCUGAGGUGUUUGCUUGUUAAAGGAGACAUCUGCAGCUCUCUAGAAUUUUGA